GCUGGAAUAGGAGUUGAUGGGGGUUUGAGUUGGAUGAAGAAGGCGGGAAUCCAGUCCUCUUCCAGUUAGCUCCCCAUCUCGCCCUCUGUCGGCUUCGGACCGCAGCCUGACUUCGUGUGACUACCGGCAUGCUCCAAGGCGGGCAUUGACUGUCCCCACGGAGGGACUGGGAAGCGGGGGUUCCAAAUGGGAGAGGAGGGGACCGAAGGCACCGUACAUCUGCUGUGCCUCGCGGCAUCCAGCGGGGUCCCUCUGUUUUGCAGGAGCAGCCGCGGCGGCGCCCCCGCCCGCCAACAGCUCCCAUUCUCUGUCAUCGGCUCCCUCAAUGGAGUCCAUAUGUUUGGGCAGAAUCUCGAGGUGCAGCUGAGCUCUGCGAAGACGGAGGACACAACCGUGGUGUGGAAGAGCUUCCAUGACAGCAUCACCCUCAUUGUUCUGUCAUCUGAGGAGGGCACCUCGGAGCUGAGGCUGGAGAGACUACUCCAGAUGGUGUUUGGGGCCAUGGUUCUUCUUGUGGGACUUGAAGAGCUGACCAAUAUCCGCAAUGUAGAGAGACUGAAGAAGGAGCUGAGGGCCAGUUACCGCCUCAUCGACAGCUUCCUUGGGGACUCAGAGCUCAUCGGGGACCUGACCCAGUGUGUGGACUGUGUGGUUCCUCCAGAGGGGUCCCUGCUGCAGGAAGCCCUUUCUGGGUUCGCCGAGGCUGCGGGCACGGCCUUCGUCAGCCUGGUCGUGUCGGGCCGGGUGGUGGCAGCGACAGAGAGCUGGUGGCGGCUGGGGAUGCCGGAAGCCGUGCUGCUCCCCUGGCUGGUGGGAUCCCUGCCGCCGCAGGCCGCUCGCGACUACCCGGUGUACCUGCCUCACGGGAGUCCCACGGUGCCGCACCGGCUUCUGACCCUGACGCUCCUGCCGGGCUUGGAGCUGUGUCUGCUCUGCGGGCCGCGCCCUCCCCUCAGCCAGCUGGAUGCACAGCUUCUGGAGCGCUGGUGGCAGCCACUGCUGGACCCGCUGCGGGCCUGCCUGCCGCUGGGAUCCCGAGCGCUGCCCGCGGGCUUCCCCCUGCACACGGACAUCCUUGGGCUGCUGCUCCUCCACCUGGAACUGAAACGUUGCCUCUUCACGGUGGAGCCCUGGGGGGAUCAAGAACCCUCUUCUGAGCAGCGUCGGCGCCUCUUCCGCUCCUUCUACACCCUGGUCACCGCCACGCACUUUCCACCAGGUGAGGGCUAUCUCCUGUUAUGUCAUCAUUCCCAUAUUAUGGAUGAGGAAACAGGCUCAGCUAAUAAGCAGCAGAGCCACGAUUCAGCCAGGCAAGCCUGGCUCCCACAUCCACACACUCCUGCUCUAGUGCUGCAAGUACAUGCUUUGCCGAUAGUCUUGGGUGGAGUAGGGGUGGUAGAUUCCACGGAGCCCAGGUCUGGAAGGAAAAGUUGUCACAUAUGACCUGUGAGGCUCAGAGAGACAAAGGGGGCUGAGGAGCCAGGCACAGGAUGGCGACUGGUGGCCCUGCAGUUGGGGCCACGGCGGUUGCUGCUGCUGCUGUCUGCUCAGAGCCCCACGCAUGGGCUGCGGACCUAGAGUGACACUACCACCCCAGCGAAGACCCUGAUGAGUGUAACAACAUGGUAAAAAGCUCCACCUGGAAGGGGCAGACGACUGUCCCUUCCGAGCUAUGCGACUCCACCGCCCAACCUGCUUCCCACCUGUAAGUGGGGCAGGGUCCUCAGAAGGGUUACGGGAGGUCUUCCCUGGAGCCCAGCGCCCGGCACCUGGGAAACAUCUCCUGCGUGUUUAUGAUCUGUAUUGCUAAGCAGAUUACCUAGGGCUGCACACACAGUGUACCCAUGAAAGUGGGGGGCUGAGGCUGGGUGGGAAGAGGGGGAGAAAGUCCGUGAUCUUCUCAGGUCCUGACAGCUGGCUGGAGCUGUAAGGCUCUCCUCUGUCAGGAGUCAAACUUAGGCCCAGGAUGGGGGUAGCCCCCGCAGGUUGGCAUCCUAGUUGUCCAGGCCCCACUGGUCACCUUGGCC